AUCUGUGGAAGAGAGUAAACUGUUAACGUUUCGGGCCGAGACCCUUCUUCAGGGCUCAUUGUUCGGGUUAGUAGCUUAAGUGGGCGGCGUUUGUCGGUCCGGAAGGACCAGUUACAUCGCUAAAUCUCUAAAUUUAAAAAAUCCUCACGACAGGCUGUCACAAAAUCCGCUUAUUGCUCGCAAGAUGUCGGUGUUAACAGGGCUCCAACUACGUAUUCCGUCCGAGUAUAAUGCGUUCCCCCACGUGGUGACAGCACCUUGUUUAGAAGUGACAGGAUUCUCCUCGACCGAAGUUAGCAGUGGGAACGCUGGCUCCCGACAAGGUGUUGGCAUUACACACCAGCUCCACUUCGCGAGGUCGGCUCCGACACUCCAGCAACCUCUCUAUUUGCUUGUGCUACACCAGAUAGGCGGGAACAAUGCAAACUAAUAAGUACACACCCACGGAUAGGCAGGGCUCAUAGUCGGCGGUUGGGCUCGGCAGUGAGGUUCGCUGGGACGGAGCCCUUCAAAACUUUGUUUGCGGAAACCUCUCCUCCUGAACUCCCUUUUGUGCUGCGUCAACUCGGUCUUCGCAACGCGCAGCUGUUUUCUCCGGACGAAGAUGGGAUACCAGUGCCUGGUCUUGAUUUAGAGUUUGAGUCUCCUGUAAUCACCUGGAAAUCAAGGGCCGAAUCCUUCUCUCGUUUGUAGGGCGUGUUUUCUCCUCUCUGCUUUCGCCGGGCCGGUUUUCUUCCCCGACGCUGUUACCAGUACAACUGCAGAGAUGAGUAGCUUUGAUUCGGACGAGGAUCAGUUGGAAAUGGAAGUAUUUCCUGACGGAGAUGAGGAGUUUUGUGUGCAAAGUUACAUGCCCAACUAUGGAACGAUGUGUGAACAAGAACAACAGAUAGCUGAUCUGGGUCCAGUUCAUAAAGAGUCCACUUGUUUAGUUGGUUCUGCAUAUGGGGUUGAGUUUAAUGGAAAUGAAGACUCGGUGUUUUUCGCUGACGGUCAACGUCGAAUUGACUUCAUAUUGGUUUACGAAGAGGAGCAGAAGAAACCGGGGGAUCAAAAGAGGAUGCGAUCGAUUAUAAGCAAAAAGAGGAAAAGAGUUUGCUUUCAAGACAACUUAAAGAAAAGUGGGCUGGAGAUUGAAGCUACUAGAUCAAUUUUAGAUCCCAAGACAAUUUUCCUGAAGGUCCAUGCACCCUGGGAAGUUCUCUGUCACUAUGCUGAACUCCUCCAUAUAAAACUACCUCUACAUGGCAAUGACUUAAAACAGAAGACCUCAACAUUUAACUACAUAACUAAGCUUUUCUCAGUGUCUGAAGACAUAAUUCCACCAGAGGAUGAAUAUUUCACUGCGCCAUUCGAGUUGGACCGUAUUAAAAGCUUCCAGACUGAAAAUCAUGAUGCGUUCUUCACACCAGCAACGCGAAGCAGAAUUGUCAAUUAUAUUUUGAAUCGUUGUGUAUAUAAAAAAGGAAAACCCAACAAGUUUGGUAUCACUAAACUUCUGGACUCAAAAACCUAUAAGGCAGCUUAUACACUCCAUGAUUGUAAGUUCAACCAGAAAUCUUUGGACCCCCUCUGUCCCAAUGAGAGGUUCCUUCUUUACCGGGAGUGGGCUCACCCCAAGAACUUCUACAAACUGCAGCCUUUGGAUCUUAUCAGGAAGUAUUAUGGAGAGAAAAUUGGAAUAUAUUUUGCUUGGCUUGGGUUCUAUACGAGCAUGCUGGCUAUUGCUGGGUUUGCUGGUCUCUUGUGCUUUCUCUUUGGAAUACUGACAAGGGAUGAUAGUACUUGGAGUCAAGAAGUGUGUGAUCCUGAGAUUGGAGGUCGUAUUAUCAUGUGUCCCCAGUGUGACCGAGAUUGUCAGUAUUGGAGACUCAAUAUUACAUGUCAGUCUUCAAGGAAAUUAUCCAUAUUUGACAACUAUGGAACACUAGUAUAUGCCAUGUUUAUGGCAAUUUGGGUCACUGUCUUUUUGGAACUCUGGAAGCGCCGCGAGGCGGAAUUGGAAUACGAGUGGGACACUGUGGAACUGGAGCAGGAAGAGCCCCGCCGAGCGGAAUAUGAAGCCAAGUGUACAAUUCUAAAGAAGAAUCCAGUCACACAGGAAGAGGAGCUGGUUCCAUACACUGCCUGUGGAAGGUGCAUGCGACUGUUCUGUGGUGGCAGUACCGUUCUGUUCUGGAUAUCUCUGAUUGUUGCCUCAGUAGUUGCUAUCAUUGUCUACCGGCUGGCUGUCUUUUUUGAGUUUUCUGUCAACCUCCCUAAAGCAAUAAAUGAUGAUCUGGAGCCUUUGAAAGACUAUUUAACUCCUCAGAUGGCCACUUCAGUCACAGCUUCUAUCAUUAACUUUGUGUUCAUCAUGAUUCUGAAUAUAGUCUAUGAAAAAGUAGCAAUAUUGAUCACAGAUUUUGAACUACCAAGAACACAAACGGAUUAUGAAAACAGCUUGACCUUGAAGAUGUUUCUCUUCCAGUUUGUCAACUACUACUCCUCCUGCUUCUACAUAGCUUUCUUUAAAGGCAAAGUUGUUGGUUACCCCGGAGAGCCAGUCUACUGGUUGGGAAGAUUCAGAAACGAAGAGUGUGACCCCGGUGGCUGCCUUAUUGAACUAUCAACCCAGCUGCUGAUCAUAAUGGGAGGCAAAGCCAUAUGGAACAACAUUCAAGAAGUUCUCAUUCCGUGGUUAAAGAAUCUUAUAAGUCGUUGCCAGAUGAAAAGUUCUGAAAAUGUACUCCCCAGAUGGGAACAAGACUAUCAGCUGCAGUCCAUAUCGAAGCUCGGCUUGUUUUACGAAUACCUUGAAAUGGUGAUACAGUUCGGAUUUGCCACCAUCUUUGUGGCAUCAUUUCCCUUGGCACCCCUGCUGGCACUAGUCAAUAACAUCAUUGAAGUUCGAGUAGACGCGUGGAAAUUAACCACUCAGUAUCGACGUGUCCUACCAGCCAAAGCACAAGACAUUGGAGCCUGGCUGCCAAUCCUAAAUGGAGUGGCUAUUUUUGCUGCUGUGACCAACGCAUUGAUCAUUGCCUUCACUUCUGAUAUGAUACCCAGGCUUGUAUACUACUGGGCACUAUCAGUACAACCCUACGGCGAGUAUAGCAGCCCAACGAUGCGAGGCUACAUCAAUAGUACCCUCUCUGUUUUCAGAAUUGCUGACUUCAGUAAUAUCAGCAAACCCAUCAACCUCCCCUCAUGGUUUAACCCCGAAAACGACACCACCUGCAGGUACCGUGAUCUCAGAUACCCUCCUGGACAUCCACUGGAAUAUCACCACAGCCUUUAUUUCUGGCAUAUAAUGGCUGCCAAGCUAGCAUUUAUUAUUGUUACAGAGCACAUUGUAUUUGCGGUGAAAUUCCUUGUGUCGUAUGUGAUUCCUGAUGUUCCAGCACACAUUAAAGAACAAAUUAAACGUGAGAAGUAUUUAACACAGAAGAUCCUGCAUGAAAAUCAUCUUCCAACCUGGGACAGCGCAUUAAGAGAUGCAACCAGCAGGUUUAUAGAAGGUUCAGUCAGCCUGAAGGACCAAAGCAUGAAUAUAUAAAUAUCUGUUGCAAAAAAUUGUUUUCUAUAAUGCACAAUAUUAAGGAGGAAUCUCUUGAAAUGCUAAUCUGUUUGAUUUCCAAGAGGGAAUGUUUUUAUCUGCCUGUAAGUAUCUAUGAUUUUUCUAUCUGUUCCAUUGGUUUAUCUCAAAUUCCAUUUUGACUAUAAAAUUGUUCAAGCUGUUUCAAUAGUCCAUGGAAAAGAUAUUAUUGCACUUAAUGAGAAACAGAGUUUUGGAACUUUUUUAUAAUCAGGAGGAAAUUCUUGUAUGAAUAAGAAGGCUGUGAACAAACAUGGAAAAUAGUUAUCAGAUUUACUGAAAAUUGGGAAAGAAAUUAAUGACACCACAAUGUUGCCAUGUGUUCCUAACUGGCAGGAUAAUGUAUCCCAACACAUAUGAGAGGAUUUUCUAAGUGACUGGUGAUAUGUGUUAUAGCAAUCCUGUCAUAUGUUAAAGUUACUGAGUGCACGGAGUGAAGGGUUUUCCCCGGGUAUUUGAUACGCUAACUAAAUGGAUGGUGUAGGUGGUUUCUCCUAUUUUUUGACCAUUUGAUUAUUAAAUUUAUUAUGAAUUUAGUUAGCAAAAUGCUCUUGCCUUUUACAGUGCUUACCAUUACAGUAUAUUCAAGUUAUUUGCCCAGGAAAUUGUGAAAUCCGAAAGAGUUUUAAACUAUGAUAGUUCUACGUUUAAGCCACUCUGGGGGCAAUAUCUAAUUUCUAGUCAUGCCAAACAGUUUAGUGGGCUUACCCUGAAAUCAUGUUAGAUCAGUGUAUUAAAAAUCAGGACAUGAGGAACAGGAGCAGUAACUCCUCAAACCACCUCUAUUAUACUAUAAGAUCAUGGCUGAAAUUCUACCUCAGCUAAACCUUCAAACUGGAUCAUCAUGUCAUUGAUUUUUUACUGUCUAAAGGAUCUAUCAAUAUGUGUCUUGAAAAUACUGAUCAAUGAUGCAACAACCUGUGGGAUAGAGAAUUCCAAAUGCAUAAUAUCCUCUGAUAAAAGGAAACCCACCUCAUCACCUUUCCAAGUCUUUAUCCCCUUAUUCUGAGUCAAUGUUCUUAGUCCAUAGGAUUUAGGAGCAGAAUUAGGCCAUUUGACCCAUUGAGUCUACUCCGCCACUUCAUCAUGGCUGAUCCACUUUCCCUCUCGGCCCCAGUCUCCUGCAUUCCCAACGUAUCCCUUCUUGGCCUGACCAAUCAAGAAUCUAUCAACUUCAGCCUUAUAUAUACAUUAAGUCUUGCCCUCCACAGCUGCCUGUGGUAAAAAAAAAUUCCACAGAUUCACCACACUCUGGCUAAGUUCCUCCACAUCUCCGUUCUAAUAGGACACCCUUCUAUUCUGAAGCUGUGUCCUCUGGUCUUAGAAUCUCCCACCACAGGAAACAUCCUCUCUGCAUCCACUCUGUCAAGGCCUUUCACCAUUCAAUAGGUUUCAAUGAGGUCCCCUCGUUCUUCUGAAUUCUAGCGAAUACAGGCCCAGAGCCAUCAAAUACCCUUUGCCAUUUCUUGUUGCUAUGUGUACGAUUUGUUUUUUUUGUGGGUGGGGGGGGUGUUGAUGUUCUUGUUGCCAUUUGCGCAGGAGGGGGUUUUAAUGUUCUUGUUGCCCAUUGUGUAAUUUGUUUUUUGUGCAUGGGAGAGGGUUGAUGUUUUUUCUUUUAAUGGCUUCCAUGGUUUUCUUUGUUUCGUGGCUAUCUGGAGAAGAUGAAUCUCAGAGUUGUAUACUGUAUACAUACUUUGAUAAUGAACCUUGUCCCUAGCUAUGAUUGAUCAAAUGUUAUAAAAUAUAGGCCAUCACCCAAUUCUGUUUGGGCGUAAUGAAAUUUAAACUUUCAGUGACCAGUACUUUCAAAGUUCAAAGUACAUUUAUGAUCAAAGUAUGUAUACUUUAUACAACCUUGACAAUCAUCUCCUUGCAGGCAGCCACAAAACAAAGAAAGAGACGAAUUGUAAUGAUAUUAAAACAACACUGUAUUUUGGAGAGUAAUACUUUACAUUCUAAAGUACUCUUGCUAUUAACUGUUCUUAUAUACACAAGAUGCCUUUUUCAUAAAAAUGUUCUCCCUUUAUGAUGGUCUUUAUGAUGGUCUGUGUACUGACAACUGAAUAGACUUUUUAAUUUUGUCCUUUGGUGCUGACAAUCAAGCAAAAAAGAAAGUUCAAUAUAUGCUUGAUUUUUUUUAUUUUAACAAUGUGAACUUAACAAAAGCCGUAUUGUCCUUUAUGUGAAAAGCUCAAGGAGAAAGCAAAACAAUAUUUAUUUUUCUUUUUAUAUUUCAUAUCCUGCUCUUCACACAAAGUUACCUUUGCAAAAAAAAGCAGAGAAAAAGAUAUUUAAAAACAUUCAAAUCAUGAAAAACAUAAAAUUGGGUGGGAGGAAGGCACAAACCAGGAAUGAUGUAUUUUUGUUUGUGAGUAGUUCUGCUUUAUUCACUCAUAAAUUUCUCAUCAGCAAAGCCUCUAUUGCCCACUUCUAAUUACCCUUGAGAACGCAGUAGUGAGUAUUUUUGAAAGGUUGCAAAGAUGCUGUUUGAGAGGGUGAGGACUUGUCAUUAAUGAAGCAGUAGUCAAUGGUAAAUGGGACAGGAAUCUGCAGAUUGUAAUACCUCUGCACCAUUUACUGUUGAACAUCUAGACCAGGGGUUCCCACCUUGGGGUCCAUGGACCCCUUAGUUAAUGGUACCAGUCCAUGGCAUAAAAAAAAGUUAGGAACCUCUUGCCUAGAUAAUAUAGGGUGUGGAUUUUGGAGAUACUAUCAAAGAUUAGGUGAAAUGUGUUAUUAUUUUUGAGGCACCUUGUCUCGCAGUCAGUAGCAAAGUAAGUGAGUGCUCGAUAUGCUGGAUAGUGUACAGAUAAAAGGGUCCUUUUCCACUGGAUGAUGUUGAACUUCAGUGUCAAGGUGGAGACAAGUCUCAACCAAAGGAGGUGUAAGGCACUCCUUCCCUUUGCACACCCUGCAGGUCACCCUUAGAGAAGAUGUAGCACCUGCUUAGCCCACUCCCAUCCUCACCCCCAAAUCAGGGUCACAUGAAGCCUUGGGUUCAGGUAGUGGAUGGUUGUACAAGCAGCUGAUGCACAUCACAAGUCCUGGUUAUGCGACCACUGACUGCAGGCAGACAAUGUUUGAAGAGUAUCGAUAAUGGCAGGGGCCAGCCGUCUUGUAAAGACACUGCCCAGAAGAAAGCAAUGGAAAACCACUUCUGUAGAAAAAUUUGUGCACUGACCAUUGCUCUGAGUAGGAAAUUUUUACACAGCCUGGAAACUGUGUGGCACUUAAAAUGUUUUCUUUGUAAUAUGCAUACUAUGAAUAUUUAGAAUGAAAAUUGAAAAGAAUCACAUACUUUUGACUUUAUUUAUUUAAUUGAAGGGUUUAAUGAAAUACAGUACAACAAAAGUAUCUUACUUAAAAGAAAAUUCCAGCUGGGCAGCAGCAAAGGGUAUGUUAAGCGGGAGCGUUUCAGUAGCUGUGCAGUGGUGCACCAAUGCAGCUCAGAGGGAACAGAUUCCAGGAAUACAGGCUGGUUCGCUCCUGACGGAGUAUUACUGAUUGCAUCGUGUCGAGUGUGAAUGCUGUUUAUCAGAGUGAGUCUGAACAUUGUCCAGGUUUGUUGCAUUCAGGGACAAAUUGCAACAUUUUCCAGAGUGACAAAUGGAACUGAAUGCCACAUGAUCAUCAAGAAACAUUCCCAUUUCUGGAACUUACAACGGGGUGAAGGGAUCUACUUCUGACCAUUGAUGAAACUGCUGAAGAUGAUAAGACCUGGAAUUCUGUAUAGUGGAACUCCAGCAGCAGAGGCAUAAGGCACUGACUGGAGCAGGGUUGCCAGCCUUUUUUAUGCCAUGGACCAAUGCCAUUAAGCAAGAGGUCAGUAGACCCCAGAUCGGGAACCCCUGGUCUGGAGAGUUUCUCCCUAUUCCCCAGUUCCUAGUGACUUCAAUAUUAACAUAUUUGAAGUAUUAGACCAGAUAGCAGGUAAUGCUAAAGAAACUAAUUAAAGAUCAUAGCAAUGGGAAUGCAUUUCUACAGAUUUAAAGUUCAAAGUAAAUUUAUCAAGUACAGGAGAUAUAUGUCACCAUAUGCUACCUUGAGAUUCAUUUUCUUGCAGGCAUUUAUAGAAAAGAUGAAAUACAACUGAAUUUUACAAAAUAAUAUCAUGAACUAAGUAAUACACACAAAAUGCUGGAGGAACUUAGGUCAGGCAGCACUGUAGAAACGAAUAAACAGCUGAUGUUUCAGGGUGAGGUCCUUCUUCAGGAUUGUGAAGGAAGGGGGAAGACUGCACAAUAAAAAGUUAGGGGGGGAGGAUGCUAGCUGGAAGGUGACAGGUGAAGCCAGGUGGGUGAGAAAGGUCAAGGGCUAGAGAAAAAAGAAUCAGAUAGAAGAGGAAAGUGGACCAUAGGUCAAAGGGAAAGAGGAGUACCUUCUGCCUGGGUAGCCUCCAACCUGAUGGCAUGAAUAUCAAUUUCUCCUUCGGUAAACAACCCCCCCCCCCCCCCUUCUACCCACUUCCUCUAUUACCCUAUCUGGCCUUUCACCUUUUCUCUCCAGCCUAAUACUUCCCUCUGGGUCCCCCCACCUUUUACAUCCUGGCAUCUUCCCCAUUCCUUUUGUGAGAGCUGCUUUGGGUUUGCAGAAUCUGCAGACUUGUGUUUAAGCAUAAACAAGAACUGACGGAAAACCAAGACAGACUGAGCAGGUAAAAGGAGAGCAUGAGCUGAAGAGAGUCUUUGAAAGUUAGCCUGUAAACAGUAGAAUUGGUACAGAAGGACAUCUUUUCAUUCUUGGAUUAUGGGGCCCAAAACAUCUCACAAUACUCCAUGUGGUCUGAUCAGUGCCUUACAAAGUCCUUGCUUUUAUAUUCUAGUCCUCUCAAAAUGAAUACUAACAUUUCCUUAAUAAAUGAAAAUUAAUUAAGACAAAUCAAUGCAGAUGUAACACCCGCAGCAUCAAAAAUGUAAUAGCAUAGAUAUAUAUUCCAUUACUGAUAUUGCUGUUAGACAACAAUAACCUACUUUACAUUUUUAUGAUUUGAUAUGCUAAUUAAAACAAUUAUCCAUUAAGGAGAAUCUUUCAGAGGCCAUAUUUAUUGUUGUACCAUCAAAAGGAUUGGAGGAGCAUAAAGUUCAAAACCUCAAAGUUCAAAGUAAAAUUUAUUAUCAGACUACAUACAUAUUACCACAUACAACCCUGAGAUUGUUUUCUCCUGUGGGCGUACUUAGCAAAUUCUGUUUACUGAACUGUAAACAGGAUCAAUGAACAACUGUGCAAAUGCAAAUAUAAAUAAAAGCAAUAAAUAAUGAGCAGGAAAUAACAAGGUAAAGAAUCCUUAAAGUGAGAGCUUUAGUUGUGGGACACCAGAAAUGAGUAUUUCUUUUUUUGUUCAACAGCCUGAUAGUUGAGGGGUAGGAACUGUUCUUAAAGCUGAUGGUGCAAGUCCUGAGUCCCUUGUACCUUGUACCCAAUGGCAACAGUGAGAAAGGAGCAUGACCUGGGUGGUGAAGAUCUCUGAUGAUGGAUGCUGCUUUUCUGUUAUUGAAAAAUAAUAAAUUAAUGGUUUGAGCACAACAGGGGUGUCACAUACUAUUGGUCUCCAAAACAUUUUAUGAAUUUCAUGCACGAGUGUGAACCACAAGAUAAUCUUUCACUCAUAAGCUAUUAUAAAAUGUACUUUCUUACAUUUAAAGAUUCAUUAACAUUCUAAAAAUAGGCUCAGGCCAGUUUUAAUUCAACAAUAAUAUGAUUCAAUUGCCCUUUAAAUUAUCAAUAGUUAUUAAUUCUUGAAAGCACUUCUUUUGAAUAGCCCAAUAACUCUGUAUUGAGUACAGGUAUUUAAAAGCAAAUUCAUAACAUAACUCUUGUAAUGUAAACACUCACAAUGUAAAUGUUUAGUAGAAUUACCUAUUCAAACCUGAGCCCAUAGGGAUUUUUGUUGUUGAUAAGUGUGACAUUUGGAGAACAUAUUUUAGAAGUGGUAAUCUCUCUAGGUCUGAGUCCUCUCUUAUGAAUACUCCAACUUGAGGUAAAUUGGCAUUUUUAACGUUUUGUAAUCUGCUAAGAGGAAUCAUUGUAUACAAUUGCAGGUUUAAAGAUUUUUUUUGUCAGUUCUGUUUUUAAGUGCCAAUUUAGCAGCAUGAAGAGAGAUAAUUGCUGUGCCACAUUUUAUGAUAAAAAUCCUAAUGAGACUUUAGUACUGAAGUUACUAUUAUGAUUAUGUAAAUUAGACAGCGACUCCCAGCUACUGCACAUUCACUGAUAAAUGGAUAAAUGCAGAGCUGCCAUGAGAUUCAUCAUUCAAAUAUAUUUAUUGGCAAGCAGUUGUUUUAUUUAACAGAAGUACACUUCAAACUCACCAGAGUCAUUGUUUGGUAACAAUUAAGAAUGUAAUAUGAAGAGUACUUUUAAUACUCUUUUAAUAACAUUACAUUCUUAAUAGAUGGUACGAGAAUUAAAAUCCAAUGUAUGGAGUCUCAUUUCCUGACUUUAAUUAACUGGAUGUCUUCAAAUAUUUUUGUUUUUAUCUUUCUUAUCUCAUUUUCUUUUUCAUUUCUGUAUGUGUUGGCAUAGAAUUCAUUAUUUUUAUAUUUCCUGGUUCAGCCUCUGCAAUACUAAUUAACAUCACUUUGGUUAUGGAGUUCAAAGUUCAAAGUAAAUUUAUUAUCAAAGUACAUAUAUGGCACCAUGUACAACACUGAGAUUCAUUUUUUGUGGGCAUACACAAUAAGUCUAUAGAAAAAUAACCAUCACCGAAUCAAUGAAAGACUGCCCAACUUGGGCGUUCAACCAGGGUGCAGAAGACAACAAAUACAAAAAGAAAUAAUAAUAAUAAAUAAAUAAGCAAUAAAUGUCAAGAACAUGAAGAGUCCUUCAAAGUGAGUCCAUUGGAGUUGUGCAAUAGGUUGCAUUUUUUUACACAAGUUUCAGAUGCUAUGUAGUAAUUGACUGUGCCAAUUUAGAUAGUUGACUAAUAGGAACUUUGAUAAUAAAGGCUCAGGAAUGACAAACAGAAUAAAUGAUGUUAGAACAUUGAACAGUACAGCACAGGAACAGGCUCUUUCGCCCACAGUUGUACCAAACCGGCUAAAAAAAAAAUCAAAAAACCCCAAAAACCAAUCCUCCCAUCUGCACAACGUCCAUAUCCCACCAUCUUCAUAUUCAUGUAUCUAUCUAAACACCUCUUAAAGGCCUUCAAUGUAUUUGCCUUUACCACCAUUCCAGGCAUCCUCCACUCUGAGUAAACAAAAAAAAACUUACCCCUACGUCUCCUUUGAACGUACCCCCUCUCGCCUUCAAUGCGUGCCCUCUGGUAUUAGACAUUUCAAACCUGGGAAACAGAUAUUCCCUGUCUACUCUAUCUAUGCCUCUUAUAAACCUCUAACAGAUCUCCACUUCAGCCUCCGCUGCUCCGCAGAAAAGAACCCAAGUUUAUCCAGCCUCACGUGAUAGCACAUGCCCUUUAAACCAGGCAGCAUCCUGGUAAAAACUUUCUGCACAUUGUUCACUGCUAAUUGCAGAAUCUGGCCCAGUGAUCAUUUCUGAUUGGCCAACUUUUUCUUCAUUCUUGUAAUCAAUUCAUAUUACAUACUUCUCAGAUUAGAUUCUAUUUUUGAUUUUGUGUUUUGGAUGAAACAUUAAACCUAAGCUCCGUCAUGUUACUAUUCUGUACAAGUGUAUUGGAGUUAUUCCUGGUUUCCAGGCCCCACACAUUGCAUUGCCAGUCAAUUUUCCAGUUAAUAUCACAGCACUGUUUGUGGGAACUCAUGAUUUAAAUUGGCUAUCGCAUUUCCUAGAUCGCAAAAUUGGCACAUUUGAAAUGUAUUUAAUUGGUCAGUGGCUGCAAAACACAACACAAAUACACUUUUUUUUAAAUGAUAUUUGUCCUUUGAAAUCGAAAGAAUGGGAUAUACAGUCCUAUAUAACUCAUAACCUUUUACUGUCUUCUCAUUGAAACAUACAAUUUUACAUAAAGCUGGAAUUACCAAUACAGAUACUUUAUGAGAACCCCCAAAAUAUCAUAACAGAAAAAGGAGGAAGUACCAUUCCUGGCUGUGACAUAGCUUCUGGUUCAAAAUCAAAAUCAAUUUUUUGGUCCACAUCAGUUACAACUAUAGAGGGGAAGAAAUUGUGAAUUGUUAAUACAUGAACCAAUAUUGUAGUUAACUCUUCCUCAUCAUUGAUUGAGUGGGAAGUCUACAAUAUGUUUAUAUUAUUGGAAUUCAUUUACCUGUGCAUAUUCAUAAUCUAAUUUUGCUAUGUUUUAAACUCUGAUGAGUAAAUAUAUUAUUUAUCAGUUUUAUGUGUUUGCAUCCAAUGUCUAAGACGCUGCACAUUGUUUAAGCAAAUGGUAGAUAAACUGAUAAUGAUAUGACUUACUUAAUUGAAUGAGUUAUAAUUCAAUAUAUGGCUGAAUAAAUAUACAAAUGAAGUAUGUUGAUUCUGUUAAGAAUGAUCGACAUAUCUUAAUAAACAAUUUUUCUUUUAAGUCUUGUCAUGAAGUCAUAACUUAGGAACAAUUUUGUUCUAGUAUUAUAUGUACAAUUAUUGAACAUACUUUAUUAUUCAUCAAAGAAUGCCAAUAAACUGGAAUAAAAUUUUUA